UAAAAUGACUCACUUGCAUUUCGUUCUCUCCCACACGGCAGAGAUGUUUAGGCUUAGCAUUUGUUAUGAGGAAUUAAUCUUACUGCGUCUUAUUUUGUUGUUUUAGUUGUUAGAGCAGCCAUCCUCGAGCAUUUUAAACAACCCAAAACGAAACUGUGUGACGAUCAGUGAUCAUUGUUGGUCUUAUCUUGCGACCUUGCCUCUGGUGUUAAAAAAUGGCGGAGAAUUUUGAUGUCGAAGACGUAGUUGAGGAGAAAAGAAACAGCACCGAAAAGAAGGAAGAGGAAAUUGAAUUAAAAGUAGUACCUAAAGAUGAUUCUGAUAUACAAGACAGCAAAAAUAAACAAAAGUCGCGAUUCAAAGUGAACAAAGUAGAAUUCAAAGAGGACAAAGAGACAGUACCAGACAAUGACGCUGGCGGCGGAGACCAUGUGGAAUCGCUGUCCCCGCCUACGUCUCCGCUCAUAUCAGACUCGUAUAACUCGCACAGUUUUUAUGACACCCACAAUCUCAAGACAUUUGGACAUAACACAAAUGAAGCCCUUCCACACGUUGAUCAUUACAGAAAUUUGCUCUCAACCACUCAAGCAUUAAAGUCGAGGCCGACGCUUCAAGAACUGCAUGAAGAAAAGGAGGCACCUAAGCCAGUUCAUCAUCACAAGAUAUUGGAUGCUCACAAUAUUGAAAAUGGCACAGGGCCGGCUAAAGAUGAGGUUCAGGUUCAGACGAAGACACCUAGCACUGUGGUGGUUAAGUUUGGCUGGAUCAAGGGAGUCCUGGUGCGAUGUCUGCUCAACAUUUGGGGUGUCAUGUUGUUUUUGCGUUUGUCAUGGGUUGUUGGACAAGCAGGAAUUGGUCUGGGUGCCACCAUUAUUCUGCUGGCCACUGUUGUCACUGUUAUUACAUCACUCAGCAUGUCUGCUAUAUGUACUAAUGGUGAAGUCAAGGGAGGUGGUGCCUACUACAUGAUAUCUCGUAGUUUAGGUCCGGAGUUUGGAGGUGCUAUUGGUAUCAUUUUCUCCAUGGCCAAUGCAGUGGCAGUAGCUAUGUAUGUGGUGGGGUUUGCUGAGACAGUACGGGAUAUCAUGAAGGAGUAUGAUGCAUUGAUGACAGAUGAGAUGAAUGAUGUAAGGAUCAUAGGCUGUAUCACUAUUGUACUGCUGCUGGGGGUGUCUAUAGCUGGGAUGGAAUGGGAAGCCAAGGCUCAACUUAUUCUCCUUGCCAUCUUGAUUAUUGCCAUGGUAAAUUUCACUGUUGGUACUUUUAUUCCUCCUAGCAUGGAGGAGCAGAGUCAGGGAUUCCUGGGAUAUCAAGGCAGAAUCUUUGAAACAAACUUUGGCCCAGAUUUCCGUGAUGGAGAAGGCUUCUUUUCUGUAUUCAGCAUAUUCUUCCCAGCUGCCACUGGGAUCCUGGCUGGUGCUAAUAUUUCUGGAGAUUUGGCUGAUCCCCAGCGUGCAAUCCCCAAGGGCACUCUCCUUGCUAUAAUCAUUACCACCAUCAGUUACAUCUGCUUUGCUGUCAUGGUAGGCUCCUGUGUGGUACGGGAUGCCACAGGAUGUGUGAUGGAUGCGGAGAUGUUUUCUCACAAUUCCUCUAACUGUUCACAAGUUGCAUUCGAAUAUGGACUACUGAAUAACUUCCAGGUGAUGGAACUGGUCUCUGGAUUUGGCCCUCUAAUCUAUGCAGGAAUAUUUGCUGCCACUCUGUCCAGUGCUCUGGCCUCUUUGGUCUCGGCACCAAAGGUUUUUCAGGCUGUUUGUAAAGACAAAAUUUUCCCAAAGAUUCACAUAUUUGCCAAAGGGUACGGUAGAACUGGAGAAGAACCUUGGAGAGCAUAUAUUUUGACCUUCAUCAUUGCUACUGGGUUUAUUCUCAUAGGAGAGCUGAAUGCUAUUGCACCCUUGAUCAGUAACUUUUUUCUUAUGGCGUAUGCACUCAUCAAUUAUUCUUGUUUUGAUGCCUCCCUUUCCAAAUCACCAGGUUGGCGCCCUGCCUUCAAGUAUUACUCCCAAUGGGUUUCCCUGGCUGGAGCCAUGCUUUGCCUUGUAGUCAUGUUCAUCAUUAACUGGUGGGCUGCCUUGGUCACCUUUGUCUGUGUGACUGCCUUGUAUGUCUAUGUGCACUACAGUAAGCCAGAUGUUAAUUGGGGCUCCUCCACCCAGGCCCAUGCCUACAGGAACGCUCUUCAGCAGACUUUAAAACUAAUCUCAGUAGAAGAACAUGUCAAGAAUUUUAGACCACAGUUACUUGUGCUAAGUGGGCUUCCCAUGACCAGGCCUAGUUUGAUUGAUUUUGCUUCUGACAUAACCAAAGGAAUUGGACUCAUGGUGUGUGGACACUAUAUAAAGGGUGAUGUUAGUCAGGUUAGCAAUAUCAAGACAGCAGCUGUUCAUAACUGGCUACACAAAAGGAAAGCAAAAGCAUUUUACAACUUUGUUGCAGCUAGUGAUUUUAGAACUGGCAUUCAGUCACUACUAGAGGUUACAGGGUUAGGGAAGUUAAAACCAAACACUGUGCUCAUGGGCUUCAAGUCCAACUGGCAAACAGAUAAACCUGAAAAUGUGGAAGAAUACCUUCACAUCAUACACGACACUCUAGACCUGCGCUAUGGUGUAGGUAUUCUCAGAGUGAAGGAAGGGUUUGACUUCUCUGAGAGCAUGGUGAUAGAACCAGUAAUAGAGGAAGAGCCAAGGAAUGAAGAGCAGGAGGCGCUGUUGAUGAGGAGAGCUCCUAGUGUAGUGAUGGCAGCCCAGAUGUCAGCUUACAGUGAGGAGGACAUCCCUCAUGGUCAGCUCACUGCCGCCAGCUCUAUAGGCAGCAUGACCAUGCUAGAAGACCUGAAGAGUAAUAAAAUUCAGAUUGAUGUAGGCGGUCCAUCAAGUGAUGAAGAUGAGGAAGAUGAUGAGGUUGAAGAGGCUGGAAUGUCAGAGACAGAGAUAGAAAAAGAGGAAGCGGACAUAGAAAAGGGGAAAGAAGUAGAGAAAGAAUCAAAGGACAAAAAUGAGAAUAGUAUAUCUAGAUCUGGAAGUAGGAAAAGUAAAAAUAAGAAAGGAAUAUUGUCUAAUAUCAACAGGGAUAUCUUGCAGGCAGUGAAUCGUUUCCAGAGGAAACAGAAAAAAGGGACCAUUGAUGUGUGGUGGCUUUUUGAUGAUGGAGGUCUGACCAUGUUGAUCCCAUACAUUCUGUCCACCAAGUCACACUGGUCAAAUUGCGAUCUCCGUGUCUUUACUGCUGGAACUAAAAAGAAGGAACUUGACAGGGAUCAGAAAAACAUGGCAACAUUGUUAAGUAAAUUUAGGAUAGACUACUCAAAAAUGACAGUUAUCCCAGACAUUGGAAAGAAGCCAAAAGAGGAAAGUAUUGCCCAGUUUAAAACCUUGAUCAAACCCUGGGUCCUGGAUGAAGAAGCUGGGGAGACGGAAGAAAUGUUCCCCUGGAAAAUAUCUGAAGCAGAGAUGCUGGCAAAUAAAGACAAGAACUAUCGCCACAUUCGCCUGCGAGAGCUGUUAAUGGAACACUCCCAUAGUGAGGCAUCCCUGAUCGUCAUGACUCUCCCCAUGCCACGCAAAGGUACCUGUGGGGCAGGGCUGUACAUGGCCUGGCUAGAGACUCUGACCAAAGACAUGCCGCCCAUACUGCUGCUGAGAGGAAACCAGACCAGUGUAUUAACAUAUUACAGUUAAAUGGCAGGAGAUGCCUUCUUAGUCUUUUUAUUAGUAGGGGUGUAAAGCUUGCAAAUAUUAAUAAUUGAGUUAUAGUAUGAAUAUCUAAGGUACUUAUGUAUGAAAGCUUGGUAGGGGUCAAUGUGGAAUAUGAUCUAGUGAACAGUGCAAUCAAGUUUUACAUUAUUUGGAGUAUACAGGAUAUUUGAAAAUCAAACAGUUGCUCUUACACACGACUGUGUGUGGGACUUCUUUUAACUUAGGGAGUGGUUAAUACAUCGACAGUAGUUCAAGCAAGCAAUUAGGGGAAAAUGUUUCUAAGAACAAAUAUAUGAAAUGAGAGUGUUAAUGGUACAGUGCUUAGUAAGUGAACAUGCCAACAUGCAAACUAGAAAAGUGGAAGCAGUGUAAGAGGCACAAGGUAUAGAAACUAGUAAAACAUGCAUAAGACUCUAACUAUAUUAACAUUUCUCUUCACUUUGUGUCAGUUAUAUACAUUUAAAUAUAUUAAGUUGCAAUAUUUUUAUUAUAUUUUUUUUGAAAGCACAGAUAUACCUCUGGCACAUUUACAUGACAUUAUACACAGGUGCAAGAAAAUAUCCCAGUCUUAAUAUAUAUCCAGCAUAAUCUUUGCCCUUCAACUUGUAAUGGUUGGUAUAUACAUACUUAGUAUGUACAUAUACAGGGACACAAAUUUACUCAGUGUAUUUAUUCAUUGGAACCAUGACAUGGUGAGAAGCAUUUAUUUUAAAAAUGGGACUUCAGCUCUUCAUGUUUAAAUAUAAUAGCACUUUUAUUUAUUUAACAAGAAUUAUUUAUAGUUCAAUAUAUUAUAUAAAAAUAGCUAAUUAAUCUGUUAAUUUUGUGUGAUAGACCAAUAAUAUAUGGCACUAAAUUAUGAUAUUGGUGAUGGUUGUAUAUAACAAUAUAACAACUUUAGUAAUCUCACAACCGUGCUAGAGAGUGCUUUUGGUUUAUCAAAAGGGCAACUGUAGAAAAAUCAAAAAGAUAAAGGAAUAAGGAAAUAAGAUAUUGUACAAGUUGGACAAAAAGUUUAGUCAGUAUGACAACCUAAGUGUGGUUUUCCCUUGAUGCAUUUGAGCAUUUGAAAUCCUGCGUCUAUUUGUUAAGUCUAGCUUAAAGCAGAGUGCAAAAUGAGAUGUUUGGAUGUUUAAGCAAGGAGGUGUAUAUACAUCCCCUUGGUUUAAGUAAGAGUACUUUAGUGAUUGAUCUCAACAGUGUACAUCUUUAGUAAUGUGAUUUGUCUUUAAUGUUUAUUUCUUAGGCCAUGACUUUGUCAUUACAAUUGCAGAAACAGCAAAUUCAUCCAACCCAUUUUAAUAUAAAACUGCCUUAGUCCAGCUCAGUAAAGCUGCUGACUGGUAUGUUAGUUCUACCUCUGGUGAAUGAAUGAAAUACCCAAAACUGUUGUUCAGUGUAUUGGCACUUUGAGAAAAUCAAUCAGUUUAAGCCAUAUUUCAUUGCUGUUCUUUUCUUUUAUCAGUUUACUUCACAAAUUAAUUACUAAUAGUCAAAAGUCUUAAUGCAUGGAAAUUCAUUUAUUUUUUCAAAAUAGAAACACAAAUAUAACAUUGAAACAUUAGUUCAAUGUGCCUUAUUUAAGCAGGAGUGUUAUUUCCUAGAUAUAUAUAAUUAUUAAGUGCCUAUUAUUCAGCAUUUAUCAGCCUGUAAGUAAUAUGAGUUGUUUUUUACGAUGUUCUCUCUAAAAAUUAUUUUAUAAUGAAUUAAGAAAGCAAUGUUUCAUAUACCUAUAGGAUGACCUUGGUUCAAAAGAGGAUCAUGACCACAAACAAAUGCCUUGUUAGGAUUUAGUCCAGUUUUUAUCAUUUGUUGGUUAGUAAAGAUGUUACUUCAAUUAUAUAAUUGGUUAUUGGUAUAAAGUGGAAAUAUAAAAUUUCAUCUUUGCUUUGUUAUAUGAAAUAUGACAACUUAAAAAAAUGUAAAUCUUUAAUAGCAGCAUAAAGGAUAGUUAGUUUUGUUUUAAAAGUUACUGUAGUCUGAAUUCCAAGAAAUACUUUUUAGUAAAUGGAUCCUAGAGAAGUAUUUAGAUAUUGUUUUUGAGAUUAAUCUUUAUCUCCACCUUAGGUUUAUUGGCUAUGUAAGAAAUUGAUCAAUGGGUUUGAUGAGAAUAAUUUAAAAUGGUUUUGUCCAUUUUUAUUUUAUACUACCUCUCAUGAUGUUAAUUGUCAGAAAAAAGAUAACAGAAAAAAACUGUCUGCAUUUAGUGUUUAAGCAACUUGUUUUGUGUAUCUCAAUUGGCAUUUAGGGGCAUUUAUAAAUGUUUUUUUUUUUUUUUUUUGUUAUAUUUAUGUUAUAAGGUAUUAGAUCAAUUGAUACUAUUUAUUGCAACUUUUGAAUUUGCACUACGCUUUUGCCAAAAUUGAACCAAAAUUGCCAAUACAUUUUAUGAUACUUUGUUACUUGUAAGAAGGUGCCACAAACAUUUUUCAGUAAAGUUUUGCCUCCAACAUGAACUCUUUUUCUGCCAUUGUCAUUUUAAUGGAAGUUUGAGAAGAUGGUUUUUUAAAAUACUUUUUCUACUCUGCUAAUUAUUUGAGAAUCAUUAUUUUGCUUAUAUCCAAAUUUAUUAGAAUUUACAUGGAAUUACCAGGUGACAUCUCUAAAUGAGACUUGAAAUUUUGUUUGACAAGGAUGAAUAAAAGGCGUU